CUCUAGCUACCUAGCUAGGUAAGGUAGCGACGCUCCUCCCCGCUCCUGCCGACAAACAAGAAAACUACGUACCAGGAGAGAGAAAGAACACUGGUAGCUGAGAGUGAGAACUGAGAAGCAGCCGCUAUGGAGCCAGCUCCCGGUGAGGGAUCAAGCACGCCGGAGGAGGCUGGACCCUCCUCAUCCUCGGCUCCCGUUGAGAAGGCAGAAGAACCGAAGCAACAGGCGCAACCGCCUGAAGGAGGACGGCAACAAGCCGUAGUGCAGGAGCACCUACAGCCGCAGCCUCUGUCGCAGCAGCCGCCGGUGCCGGCGGGGCUGAGCCGGUACGAGUCGCAGAAGCGGCGCGACUGGAACACGUUCCUGAAUUAUCUGCGCAACCACAAGCCGCCGCUGACGCUGCCCCGGUGCAGCGGCGCGCACGUCAUCGAGUUCCUCAAGUACCUCGACCAGUUCGGCAAGACUAAGGUACACGCCGACGGCUGCGCCUACUUCGGCCAGCCCAACCCGCCGGCGCCGUGCGCGUGCCCUCUUCGGCAGGCAUGGGGCAGCCUCGACGCGCUCAUCGGACGCCUCCGCGCCGCCUACGAGGAGUCCGGCGGCCGCCCCGAGUCCAACCCCUUCGCCGCGCGCGCCGUGCGCAUCUACCUACGCGAGGUGCGCGAGGCGCAGGCCAAGGCGCGCGGGAUCCCCUACGAAAAGAAGAAGCGAAAGCGCGGGAGCACUGCCGCCCCCGCGGCACCGCCUCCCGUCGUUACCGCUGCAGAGGCGGCAGGGACGUCGGGAGGCGGCGAGGACGACGACGACGAGCCGACACAGUCUACUGAGCAACGCCAGACGACGCCGGCAUCUCCUGCUACUCCGCCAACUCGAAGUAGUAGCGCGGGCGGUACCAGCACUACCCCAGCGGCGGCAGCCACCACAACAACGACGACGAGGGGGAAGGAAGCGGCAGAAGGAUCAGCGUGAUAAGUGUAGACCAUUAAUUUACCCGUUUGAUUAUUCCAUCACAUCAAAAUUCUAAUCCUGCACCAUCAUAAUCUUUAGUUGUCUGUUAUUAUAAUUCUGUUUGUUAUGAUUUGUUGAAGUAUAUAAGAAAGAGAGAGGAGCUCUAAGUGGUUCAUAGGAUCAUGACAGA